AUGACGUCACCUUUAAACACCGUUGACAUCGAGUCCAUAGGCAUCACACCGGAAGCGGAGGUGAGAUCCGGUCCGAAAGAACUUCAGACAUAUAUGGAUACCUGCAUAUAUUACAAGGAUAACCAAUACAGUGUGAAACUGCCAUGGAAAAAAGACCAACCACUUUUACCAACGAAUUACGAUGUAGCCGUCAGUCGUAAGCAGAACGUGAUAAAACGUCUACGAACAGACCCGUACAUGUUCCAAAAAUACGAAGAUAUUAUAAAUGAUCGACCUCUGACCUACAUCAGCACCGCGCAGAGUGACUUGCAGCCGCUGACCCCUUCUCAUCUUGUUUCCGGUCGCCGUAUCACAGUGCUACCCCACGGCCAUGACGUGGUUUUAGAUCCUCAAAAUAUCAUCACCAGAGAGAACAUUUACAAACGAGCGCGAAUGCAGCAAAAACUCAUCGACGAUUUCCGCUGCAGAUGGAAAAGAGAAUACCUCACAGAUUUACGCGAAAACCAGCUGAUUUCCGGGCGUAAUGAGCAGACAAUUAAAGUCGGCGACAUCGUCAUGGUACACGAUGAGAAUCCACGGUCACGAUGGAAAUUGGCAAGGGUUGAGGCGCUCAUCCAAGGCAACGACGGACGAGUACGAGCCGCAAACAUUCGGACUGACGGGGCUAUUACGAAUCGCUCAAUCACCAAACUAUAUCCAUUAGAGGUUGGAGACGAAACAGUGUCAUAA